GUCGUGUCGCAAGGGUGCCUGCAAAUUACUCUCCAAGAUGUCGAACGUCGUCACCGAGACCAUCCAGAAAAACGCCAAAGACGAGCUGUCCCAUUCCAGGGAAAUCAACUGGAUGAAAGUCCUCUUCCAGAUACAAAUCACUUUAUCAGCGUUAUGCGCUUUCAAAUUCAUCCUAUACGAUUCCUAUUGGGCCACAAUAUGGUUCGCGAUUCUGGUAAUGUUCCUGGGCCACGUGGGUGUAGCAGCCGGAGCUCACAGACUGUGGGCCCAUCAAAGCUACCAAGCCAACGGAUUAUUAAGGUUUUUCCUAAUGAUAUGCCAAACGUUGUCUGGAACGGGAUCGAUAUACGAUUGGGUGCGAUGGCACAGAUUGCACCACAAGCACUACAACACCGAUUUGGACCCUUACAACUCCACCAGGGGAUGGUUUUUCGCUCACUCUCACGGCGCCGUAUUAGCUCUCAGUCCCGCCCAGCAGAGGGCGCUCAAAAACAUCGACAUGAGCGACAUCGAAGACGAUGAAUUGGUCAUGUUUCAAAAGAAAUGGUACAUCCCGAUGUAUUUGAUAAUUACAUUGUUGUUGCCGAUAAACGCGCCGGCCGAGUACUGGGGCGAGAACCUCUAUUCGUCCGUAUUCAUCCUGGGUUGGUUCAGGUGCGCGGUGAAUUUGAACCUCUCCGCUCUCAUCCACAGCGCCAUCAUCAUCUGGGGACUCAAACCGGGCGAAAAGUACCCUUGCGAUACGAACCUGGUGUUCAUACUGAACAAGACCAACUGGAUCUCGUACCACUACAUCGCGCCGUGGGACUACAAGACGAGCGAAUUCGGCCAGUACGGCAGCGAUACCAUAUCGAAGUUCAUCCAAAUCUGCGAGGUGUUGGACUGCGCUUCGGUGCUGAAGACCAUCGACAGCGGCACGGUGAGGAAGGCCCUCACCGCUUCGGUGCUGGAGAAGCGAAACAUCACCGAGUGCCUGUUGGAACUCUGCGAUUACUCGCCCAAAACUCCAACGUUCUAUUAGAUUAUUUUUUUUCCUAUGUUUGUGAUGAGAUGUAUUUUUUAUAAGAACUAGCGUUUCGAAUAAAGUAAAAGGUGCUUAAAAGAUGGCAUUUCGAGUUUUCAAAACCGGAUUGUGUAUCGGCGACGCGAAUUUUUUCGUUUAUAGGUUCGUCGAACUCGCCGCUAAAUCGGACGAGUUUUGAAAAUUUUAAUAAACAACAUUUCGCAUCAACUACAAAAGCAACUGCCUUGCAGAUUCGUCUUCAACCAAUUCACGUACUUGGACACUCUGGUGUAGACGCCGGGGUAGCCGGGUCGGCCGCAACCCACGCCCCACGAUACGAUCCCCACGAUUUCGUAUUUGUCGCCGCUGUGCACCAAUAGAGGUCCCCCGCUGUCCCCUUGGCAGGAAUCCUGCGUACCUUUGCCCGCGCACAACAUGUAAUUCGUUAUCCUCGACGCUCUGUACUUCAUGCCCUUGCAUUGCGCCUGGGUCAAUAUGGGCACCUCCACUUCCUGCACCACCGUCGGCAGCAUCCCGCCUUCCGAAGUCCUGCCCCAUCCUACUACGGUACCUGUCCUGCCCGAAGGAUCGCCGGCUGAAACGCCACGAUGUGUCGUUAGUACGCUGAAAUAUUUUUAAGCGGGUUUAUAUUUACUCUUCGGCAGGCAAACCGGUCGGAUUUGUUUGGUGAACUCGACGGGUUUUCGCAGUUUCAACAGCGCUAUGUCGUGAUUGAACGUGUCCGCGUCGAAGCUCUUGUGUCUGAUGAUCGACGACACGGCCCUCAUCAUGGCCGGGAUCUCCGUCGUCGUCGAAGCGUCGUGAUCGCCGAGGAUCACGCGGAUCUUCGAUUUCUUC